AUGUCCAACCUAUUUUCUGGAAUCAACGCCCGCUUCCGUGGGCAGAGAAGCCCAAACUCUCCAGGAACAAGCUCACCCAGUGCCGAGCAGCAGCUAACCGCUCAAGCUGCGGUCAAUGCUCCCGAAGGAAGCCAACCUUCCUCCGCAAACCUUGCAGUGAAGCUCCCGCCACUCCCCAGUUCGCCCUCACUUGCUGAAACCAUCGGCAUGGACCAGGCCAGUGGCAUGUUGCCCUCUGCCGAGGAAAUGCUCGCCUCAUACCAUCUGCCCGCAGUCAAACCCCUGUGGCUCAACGCCAACUACGCAAAGCACAUUGUCAAGGGCAAUUUUCUCACACUGAGCGCAAAGCCCAAGACUGUGGAGAUGGGGGAGUGGAUCGCACAUCAGGUUGUUGACCACUGGAGAAUGCUGAUCACUUUCAUCCGCUUGGUGCACGACAAGGAGGAAGAUGGCUCUUCAAUCUGCAACUCUAGAAGAUGUCCCAAGAUGUCGGCUGGAGCUAACCAUUCUUUCACUUGGUUGAACUCUCGGCUCCAGCCCGUCGAGAUCCCUGCCUACGAGUACCUAACCCUAGUCCAACGGUACAUCACAGGCAAAAUUGACGACACCAACAUUUUCCCUACGGAUCCCGCUGGCGUUUCGUACGCAGACAAUCCCGCCUUCUGCGCCCCGUUGCCUGACUCGGGCCAGGACUGGGUGGGUAAGAGGAGCGGGUUCCCCCAGAACUUUAUGGAGACGUGCCAGACGAUUUUUCGACAAAUGUUCCGCGUCUAUGCCCACCUCUACUGGUCGCAUUUCGACGACAUGUUCAGCCUGAAUCUCGAGAAGUCGAUGAACAGCUGCUUCAGCCACUUCAUCCUUACUGCAACCACGCUCAAUCUGCUCAAGAAGGCCGACCUUGAGCCUAUGCAGCCCCUGAUAGACCUCUGGGCAGCUCUUGGAACCUUUCCGCAGGGAUCCAAGGCUUUCGAGAUUGCGAACCUGGCGGUUGGACAGCUGCUUGUUCAGAAAGCCGGAGGGCCACCGCCGACUCAAUAG